GUGAAACCUCCUGGGCGGAGGGAAUAAAUGAGAGAAGUUGGCCGGAGGUCCUCCCAGAUCCAGUCCGGGUUUUGUGAUGGAUAACCCGGUCUAUGUCCGGCCCGAUGAAGAUUCAAAGUUCAGCUCCUUGAACCUGACGGCGGGCGACAUGGCGAUGUCUUCCAUGGACAUGUUUGAAAUCUCUGAUCACAAGCCGAGAGGAAAAUGCCAAGGACAUGGAUCUCGUGUCGCUGUGGGCGUGUCUCUCCUCCUUCUGACCUGCGGCUUUGUGUUCCUGGCCUUCAGAGAUAUGUCCCUCCGCCAUGAGCUCUCAGCACUGAGGAAUGAGAUCUGCAACAUGAAAUGCCCGGAUGAGACCAUCAGCAGUGAUAAGGUAACUGGAGAAAAACAGGAACCCCCCCAGGAUUCUGGUCCGGAGGGCGAUGUAACCAUGAGAAAUGCCACGCGGCAGUCAGCAGGGUCCCCAGGGGCCACACCGAGACUGAAGGACCUGAAGGAGGAAAUCCAAAUCAUCAAAGACCAGAACAUCCAACUCGGCAUGAGAAUCACCAACAUCAGCCUCAUACCAGGAAAGCCGGGAAUGAACGGGGAGCGAGGAGCACCGGGGACCCCCGGAGCGAAAGGGGAGAAGGGGGACGCAGGACGUCCUGGAGCUGGUGGUGGAAGUGGAGCCACAGAGGGACCUCAGGGACCCCCCGGGCCUCCUGGACCAGCUGGACUCAAUGGAAGAGAUGGGAUGAAAGGUGAGGAAGGAGCCCCGGGACGUGACGGGCAGAAAGGUGACACGGGGGCUCUGGGUGUCGCCGGCCCUUCCGGUGCUCGGGGCCCCGCGGGACAGAAAGGGGACAAAGGUGACGGCGGGAACAAUGGAACGCCAGGGCCGCCUGGAAUUCCCGGAUUCAGCGCAUCGAAGGGAGAGAGAGGAGACCCAGGAGCCAAAGGGGACGCCGGUCAGAAAGGAGGCUUCGGACCCCCAGGGAUUCCUGGACAGAAGGGAGCGAUGGGAUCGGAUGGAUCGGCGGGCUCACCGGGAAUUAUGGGACUCCCGGGCCGGAACGGCACAGACGGGGCGGUGGGUGAGCCGGGGAUGCCGGGACCACCGGGAGAGAAAGGAAGGAUGGGGGCCCCUGGAAUCCCCGGUCCCCAGGGCCCUCAAGGACAGAAUGGAAGCAAAGGAGACAGAGGCAGUGAUGGGCAUACAGGUCUCCCCGGAUCCCCCGGAGCCAGAGGACAGGAUGGCCAGAAAGGAGACACAGGUACCCCUUUACAUCAUAUAUUCCCAACACUGUCUUUAUCCCCCAUCAGCGUCCCCUUUACAUCGGAGUAA